GGGACCGCGUCCCCGCGGGUGGGCGCCGCGCCUGGCCCGCCGCCGCCGCCGCCGCCGCCGCCGCCGCCGCCGCCGCACCCGCGGCACCAUGACCGCUGCGAGCACUGGGGUUACAGAUUAUAUUGUACUUGUUUGCUGUUCGUGUCCUGAGAGCCUGGCAUAGAAUAGGCCCUCCUUCAAUGGCUGCUGGAUUGUAGAAAGGGAUAGCCAAUGGCUAGAAGGAGGUGAUACAUAUAGCAAGAUGUGGAUGCCUUGGAACUGUGGCGAUUGAAGAGGCAAGCGGGCAUCUCCUCUCAGUCUUCAGUGUGAUUUGGAUUUACUUCAAGAUAACUGGAAGGAUUGAUGCAGUCACAGUCUUCGUAAAAGACAGAAAAAAUUAGAACUGCAGUUUUGUACUUGCUCACGAGAGCUAACUCCAGCAUGCUCAAAAGGAAGCAGAGCUCCAGGGUGGAGGCCCAGCCAGUUGCUGACUUUGGUCCGGAUGAAUCUCUGUCAGACAACGCUGACAUACUCUGGAUUAACAAGCCAUGGGUUCACUCCUUGCUACGCAUCUGUGCCAUCAUCAGCGUUAUCUCUGUCUGUAUGAACACGCCCAUGACAUUCGAACACUACCCCCCUCUUCAGUAUGUGACUUUCACUCUGGAUACUUUGUUGAUGUUUCUCUACACCGCGGAGAUGAUAGCAAAAAUGCACAUCCGGGGUAUUGUCAAGGGGGAUAGUUCCUAUGUGAAAGAUCGCUGGUGUGUUUUUGAUGGAUUUAUGGUCUUCUGCCUUUGGGUUUCAUUGGUAUUGCAGGUAUUUGAAAUUGCUGAUAUAGUUGACCAGAUGUCACCUUGGGGCAUGUUGCGGAUCCCACGGCCGCUAAUUAUGAUUCGGGCAUUCCGGAUUUAUUUCCGAUUUGAACUACCAAGGACCAGAAUUACAAACAUUUUAAAGCGAUCAGGAGAACAAAUAUGGAGCGUUUCGAUUUUCCUACUUUUCUUUCUACUUCUUUAUGGAAUUUUAGGAGUUCAGAUGUUUGGAACAUUUACCUAUCACUGUGUAGUAAAUGACACGAAACCAGGAAAUGUAACCUGGAAUAGCUUAGCUAUCCCAGAUACACAUUGCUCACCAGAGCUGGAGGAAGGCUACCAGUGCCCCCCGGGAUUUAAAUGCAUGGACCUCGAAGACCUGGGACUUAGCAGGCAAGAGCUGGGCUACAGUGGCUUUAAUGAGAUAGGCACCAGCAUAUUCACCGUCUAUGAGGCUGCAUCCCAGGAGGGCUGGGUAUUCCUCAUGUACAGAGCCAUUGACAGCUUCCCCCGCUGGCGGUCCUACUUCUACUUCAUCACGCUCAUAUUCUUCCUGGCCUGGCUUGUGAAGAACGUGUUCAUUGCUGUCAUCAUUGAAACAUUUGCAGAAAUCAGGGUACAGUUUCAGCAGAUGUGGGGAUCGAGAAGCAGCACCACUUCAACAGCCACCACACAGAUGUUCCAUGAAGACGCUGCUGGUGGAUGGCAGCUGGUAGCCGUGGAUGUCAACAAGCCCCAGGGACGCGCCCCAGCCUGCCUCCAGCAAAUGAUGCGGUCAUCAGUUUUCCACAUGUUCAUUCUGAGCAUGGUGACAGUGGAUGUGAUAGUUGCUGCCAGCAACUACCACAAAGGGGAAAGCUUCAGGAGGCAGUACGACGAGUUCUAUCUCGCAGAGGUGGCUUUUACAGUACUUUUUGAUUUGGAAGCACUUCUGAAGAUAUGGUGUUUGGGAUUUACUGGAUAUAUUAGCUCAUCUCUCCACAAAUUUGAGCUACUGCUAGUAAUUGGAACUACUCUUCAUGUAUAUCCAGAUCUUUAUCAUUCUCAGUUCACAUACUUUCAGGUUCUUCGGGUAGUUCGACUUAUUAAGAUUUCACCUGCAUUAGAAGACUUUGUGUACAAGAUAUUUGGUCCUGGAAAAAAGCUUGGGAGUUUGGUCGUAUUUACUGCCAGCCUCUUGAUUGUUAUGUCAGCAAUUAGUCUUCAGAUGUUCUGCUUUGUUGAAGAACUGGACAGGUUUACAACGUUUCCAAGGGCGUUUAUGUCCAUGUUCCAGAUCCUCACCCAGGAAGGAUGGGUAGACGUAAUGGACCAAACCCUAAAUGCUGUGGGACACAUGUGGGCACCUGUGGUAGCCAUCUAUUUCAUUCUCUAUCACCUCUUUGCCACUCUGAUCCUCCUGAGUUUGUUUGUUGCUGUUAUUUUGGACAACUUAGAACUUGAUGAAGAUCUUAAGAAGCUUAAACAAUUAAAGCAAAGUGAAGCCAAUGCAGACACCAAAGAGAAGCUCCCUUUGCGACUUCGAAUCUUUGAAAAAUUUCCAAACAGACCGCAAAUGGUGAAAAUCUCAAAGCUUCCUUCAGAUUUUACAGUUCCUAAAAUCAGGGAGAGUUUCAUGAAGCAGUUCAUCGAUCGCCAGCAACAGGACACCUGCUGCCUGUUACGGAGCCUCCCUUCCACCUCUUCCUCGUCCUGCGAUCACUCCAAACGGUCCGCAAUAGAAGACAACAAAUACAUUGACCAAAAACUUCGCAAGUCUGUCUUCAGCAUCAGAGCAAGGAAUCUUCUAGAAAAAGAGACUGCAGUCACUAAAAUCUUAAGCAAGAGGCCAUUACAGAGGAGCUCACCUGUUAAUGUCCGCUGCUGUUGUCUUCACUUUGGAGGACCUCAUUGUCACUCUCCUGGAGGCAGAGCUUGCACUCGACAGCGCAUGCUGAGCGGAUCAUUUGAGGGGCAGCCAGCAAAGGAAAGGUCAAUUCUCAGUGUGCAGCAUCAUAUCCGCCAAGAGCGCAGAUCACUAAGACAUGGAUCCAACAGCCAGAGGAUCAGCAGAGGGAAAUCUCUUGAAACCCUGACUCAAGAUCAUUCCAAUACAGUGAGAUAUAGAAAUGCACAAAGAGAAGACAGUGAAAUAAAGAUGAUCCAGGAAAAAAAGGAACAAGCGGAAAUGAAAAGGAAAGUGCAGGAAGAGGAGCUGAGAGAGAAUCACCCAUACUUCGACAAGCCACUGUUCAUAGUUGGACGGGAGCACAGGUUCAGAAACUUCUGCCGGGUGGUGGUCCGGGCACGCUUCAAUGCAUCUAAAACAGAUCCUGUCACAGGAGCUGUGAAAAAUACAAAGUACCAUCAACUUUAUGAUUUGCUGGGAUUGGUGACUUACCUGGACUGGGUCAUGAUCAUCGUAACCAUCUGUUCCUGCAUUUCUAUGAUGUUUGAGUCCCCCUUUCGAAGAGUCAUGCAUGCCCCGACUUUGCAGAUUGCUGAGUACGUGUUUGUGAUAUUCAUGAGUAUCGAGCUUAAUCUGAAGAUUAUGGCAGAUGGCUUAUUUUUCACUCCAACUGCUGUCAUCAGGGACUUUGGUGGAGUCAUGGACAUAUUUAUAUAUCUUGUGAGUUUGAUAUUUCUUUGUUGGAUGCCUCAAAAUGUGCCUGCUGAAUCAGGAGCUCAACUUUUAAUGGUUCUUCGGUGCCUGAGACCUCUGCGGAUAUUCAAACUGGUGCCCCAGAUGAGGAAAGUUGUUCGAGAACUUUUCAGCGGCUUCAAGGAAAUUUUCUUGGUCUCCAUUCUUUUGCUGACAUUAAUGCUUGUUUUUGCAAGCUUUGGAGUUCAGCUUUUUGCGGGAAAACUGGCAAAGUGCAAUGAUCCUAACAUUAUUAGAAGGGAGGAUUGUAACGGCAUAUUCAGAAUUAACGUAAGCGUGUCCAAGAACUUAAAUUUAAAAUUAAGACCUGGAGAGAAAAAGCCUGGAUUUUGGGUGCCCCGUGUUUGGGCAAAUCCUCGGAAUUUUAAUUUUGACAAUGUGGGAAAUGCCAUGCUGGCAUUGUUUGAAGUUCUGUCCCUGAAAGGCUGGGUGGAAGUGAGGGAUGUUAUUAUUCAUCGUGUGGGGCCGAUGCACGGGAUCUACAUUCAUGUGUUUGUAUUCCUGGGUUGCAUGAUUGGACUGACCCUUUUUGUGGGAGUAGUUAUUGCUAAUUUCAAUGAAAACAAGGGGACAGCUCUGCUGACUGUAGAUCAGAGAAGAUGGGAAGAUCUGAAGAGCCGACUGAAGAUAGCACAGCCUCUUCAUCUCCCACCUCGCCCGGAUAAUGAUGGUUUUAGAGCUAAGAUGUAUGACAUUACCCAGCAUCCGUUCUUUAAGAGGACAAUUGCAUUGCUUGUCCUGGCCCAGUCAGUGCUGCUGUCCGUCAAGUGGGAUGUGGAGGACCCAGUGACCGUUCCUUUGGCAACAAUGUCAGUUGUUUUCACCUUCAUCUUUGUUCUAGAGGUUACAAUGAAGAUCAUAGCAAUGUCGCCUGCCGGCUUCUGGCAAAGCAGAAGAAACCGAUACGAUCUGCUGGUGACAUCGCUUGGCGUGGUCUGGGUGGUACUUCACUUUGCCCUCCUGAACGCAUAUACCUACAUGAUGGGCGCCUGCGUGAUUGUCUUCCGGUUUUUCUCUAUCUGUGGAAAGCAUGUAACACUAAAGAUGCUUCUCCUGACGGUGGUCGUCAGCAUGUACAAAAGCUUCUUUAUCAUAGUGGGAAUGUUCCUACUGCUAUUGUGUUAUGCUUUUGCUGGAGUUGUUUUAUUUGGUACUGUGAAGUAUGGAGAGAACAUUAACAGGCAUGCAAACUUUUCCUCAGCUGGCAAAGCCAUCACCGUACUGUUCCGAAUCGUCACAGGCGAAGACUGGAAUAAGAUUAUGCAUGACUGUAUGGUCCAGCCUCCCUUUUGUACUCCAGAUGAAUUCACAUACUGGGCAACAGACUGCGGAAAUUACGCUGGGGCACUUAUGUAUUUCUGUUCAUUUUAUGUCAUCAUUGCCUACAUCAUGCUAAAUCUGCUUGUAGCCAUCAUUGUGGAGAACUUCUCCUUGUUUUAUUCCACGGAGGAGGACCAGCUUCUAAGUUACAAUGAUCUUCGCCACUUUCAAAUCAUAUGGAAUAUGGUGGAUGAUAAACGAGAGGGGGUGAUUCCGACUUUCCGUGUGAAGUUCCUGCUGAGGCUCCUGCGGGGGAGGCUGGAGGUGGAUCUCGACAAAGACAAACUUCUGUUUAAGCACAUGUGCUAUGAAAUGGAGAGACUGCAUAAUGGCGGGGACGUCACUUUCCAUGAUGUCCUAAGCAUGCUGUCCUACAGGUCGGUUGACAUCCGGAAGAGCUUGCAGCUGGAGGAGCUGCUGGCCAGGGAGCAGCUGGAGUACACCAUCGAGGAGGAGGUGGCCAAGCAGACCAUCCGCAUGUGGCUGAAAAAGUGUUUAAAGCGCAUCAGAGCUAAACAGCAGCAGUCAUGCAGCAUCAUCCACAGUCUGAGGGAGAGCCAACAGCAGGAGCUGAGCCGGUUCCUCAAUCCCCCCAGUAUUGAGACCACCCAGCCCAGUGAGGACAUGAAUGCUAACAGUCAGGAUAAUAAUAUGCAACCUGAGACCAGCAGCCAGCAGCAGCUUCUGAGCCCCACGCUGUCGGACAGAGGGGGCAGUCGGCAGGACUCCACAGACCCCGGAAAACCCCAAAGGAAGUUCGGGCAGUGGCGGCUGCCCUCAGCACCAAAACCAAUAAGCCACUCAGUGUCUUCGGUCAACUUACGAUUUGCAGGGCGCACAACAAUGAAAUCCGUAGUGUGCAAAAUGAACCCCAUGACCGACACGGCGUCGUGUGGCUCCGAGGUGAAGAAGUGGUGGACCCGGCAGCUGACGGUGGAGAGCGAUGAAAGCAGCGAUGACCUUCUGGACGUUUAGGUGGAAUUAGCGCAGUGCAAGGUUUAAUGGGGAGUACUGUUUUCUAGCAUUUUCCUCCUAUGGUCUAACAUGGACCAUGGACCAUGGACCAUGGCGAGCAGUCUAUACUUAAGAUAUCAUUUAAUUCUAUCUCGUCACAAGAGGUCUUUAAGUUGCUUUGUGUCCUGCCGUAGGAAGGCCUAAAACUUGGUCGGUGGCUGUUGUGUAUACAGGGAGUUGUUACUGUGUGUUUGAGAAAAUUUGCCUAAUGGUUGUAUUUGUAAUAUUAGAGAACUAUCCCAAUACCAGAUGUAGAUCACUCAAAGAUUUCAUAUAUCCUGUCUGUAAACUAAGGUGUAUAUUCAUAUAUGCUCUUACUCAGUAUUAUCACCCCCUGAAAGAGUGCUAAGCCCAAAGUGGCUAAUAUUUAUGGUAUGGUAGCUAUAGUCUUAGUUCCUGUUUUUCCCACUUCUACUAGAAAUACUUCCCUUGGGAAAAUUAUUAUUUAUGAUUGAUCUGAAAAGGUCAGCACUGAGCUCAUACUAAAAUGAUAGUAGUUUUACAAACUACAGAUUCUGAAUUUUUAAAAGUAUAAUCCUUUUCUCAUGGUAUUCUUAAAAAUAGGCAAAAGAUAUUCCGAAGUCAUAACAAGUCAGUUUCUGUACUCAGUCACUCUAAUAAAAACUGUUGCCUGCUUCCUAGAGAAUUGUGUGUGCAGGGACCAGGCAAAGAAAUUGUCCCAAGGAGCAACAAGUUUAAAACAGACGUGCACGUAGAUAGCUUUAGGCACGUGGUUACCUGAAGAUGUUGAGUUUCUGUGAAGGCCUUUUAAUAACUAAGUUAGCAAAAAGAGUGAAACUACAUGAUUCAGCUUAUUAAAAAAAAAAAAAAUCACGUGCGUGAUGUAUCAUUGGCUUCAUUUCUUACACAGGGUAUGUUGAUUUUGCUGUAAAUUGGCGAAGACAUUAUGAGUUGAUUCCAACACAUCAGUGCCAUGUUCAAUUCAAAAUGACUCCCUCCUACCAGAUUCUCCUAUGGAAAUAAUGGUAAUUUUGUAGAAUUGUGCUUAGAACUCACAGUUGAGGGACCCCACAACUCAGCUGUAUUUGUUCCACACACCAUGUGCUCUGAGAAAGGUAAAAUGCAAAGCGAUUACACGGUACCUGGGCCUUAUACUGGGUCAACCAAGUAGAAGCACAUCCAGGCCCUUACCUACAUUAUUUUUGGCGAGAUUUGCUGUUUAGAUGAUUUCUUUUAAUGCAGCAAUUAUCUCAGAGUCCUUUGACACCCAGGUUGCUUUAUAAUCUAUUUUCUCUUUUAACAUCCUUAAAAUAGCCAAAUCCUGUCUGUAUAACAAACUUAACAUUGUGAUGCCAUCUCUUGUUUACAUGAUUAAUUGUGACUCUAGGAUAAUGGGUAAAGUCAGUGAAGCCAAAAGGAUUUUAUUUGGUUUUACGUUCAGUUGGAGUUUACUUUUUGUACAUAAAGAAAAUCAAAUAAAUACUGACUUUGUAA